CGAAAUUGAUCAAGGUUUAUUAGUAUUGCCGCUGUCGAACUUGAACGUACUGUUGCUGUCUGUUACCAUCAAACAACUAUUUCACGAAUUUUCACCAGGUCCAGGUGAACUUGCCGCGAUAACAUAUUAUGCUAUUAUUCAUGCCCAUCGAGCCGCUAAGGAAAAGGCUAAGAAAUGCGUUAUCAUGGCAACACUGUAAAUCGAUGAGACGUUCGGUCGACUUUUUCGGGCUGAACCAAUGUUCAGCGGAACCUUUGUCUGCAAUGUCGCCAUCGGCGCGGUCACAUYGGGYGACUGACGGCCGAAUCGCGUAAGGCGACGGCGGUGGCAGCGGCGGCGACUGCUGCUGCUGCAUCGCCAUGGACCGGACGCCGUCGUGCUGUUCGCAACCGGUGGCCGCGGCGGCGGCCGUUUACAACUACGGUGUGGCCGGCGCGACGAUCGGUGGUUACGCUUCGUCGUACGACGGUCGCCCACUGUCCGCUUCGUCGUCGUCAGCGAUCGGCGUGACGACGGUGGUGGACGACAGUCAAGGGUGUUUUUGUUGUGACAGCGACGACGACAGCGUAGAACGGGCCCGCGUAGCCCACGCCAAACGCAAGUGCUACAAGAGCUGCCUGCGAAACGCGUUCGUGUGCGCCCUGCUGGUGUCGUACACGUUCGCCGGCGCGCUGAUAUUCCUUAGCAUCGAGGGUGAUGUGGACGCGGACGCCGUGGACGUGGACGACAGCGGCAGUGGAGGUGGCAGUUCCGUCCGACUGGCCGGCUUGAUGCCUGCCCAACAGCAGAACYUGACGGCCGCCUGGCUGGCCGCAGCUGCCGCGGGUGAAGAGAGUCGCGCCCGGACCGUGGAGACCAUAUGGGAGAUCACGGUCAACUUGAACAUACUGUACCGGGAGAACUGGACCCGCCUGGCCGCACAAGAACUGAACCGGUUCCAGGAAGACCUGAUACGCCGCCUCACGCAGCAGAUGGAAAUCGAAUCGGCCGCGGUCAGCUAUCACACCGGUAGCGGCGGCGGAGGUUUCAUCGUCGACCACGGAGGUGACUCAGUGGACAGCACCUUCGAAUGGAACAUGGCCACGUCAUUUCUGUACUGCCUGUCCAUACUCACCACGAUCGGAUACGGAAACAUCACACCGAAGACCGCUAUAGGUAAAAUGGUUACAAUGGUUUACGCGUUGAUUGGCAUCCCAUUGAUGUUAGUGUACUUAUCAAGCAUUGGUGGUCUGUUGGCAUGGUGUGCCCGAGGAAUAUUUACCAGGUCCGAUUCAGCAUCGAUGGCCGCCGCGGAGCUGGCCGCGGCCGCGGCGGACAGCGCCAGUUUCGUGCCGCUGCUAUUAGUUGGAUUCGCGUUCAUGUCRGCGUACAUCGGCUGCGGUGCGGCCGUUCUGCACCAGCUUGACGCCGGCGACAAGUCGUACCUGAACUGCGUGUUCUUCUGCUUCAUGUUGCUCAGCACUAUCGGUUACGGCAACUCGAGGUCGAUGGACGUGACGCUCACUGGUACGACCACCGUAUGGUUCUGUUCCGUGUACAUACUUUCCGGCAUGGCACUGACGGCCAUGUGCUUCAACAUCGUACACCACGGCGUGUCCACCAAACUCAAGACGCUGUACCGGCCCGCGACAGCACAGACAAGUGACGGGGGUGGUGUCUGCUGCAGUAGUGGCGUCAACUCGGCGCAGCAACAGCAACGCGAAGACUGCGGCGUCGGCGGUUGCGGAGGCAGUAUAAGCGAUCUGACGUUGUCUUCUACGCGUGGCACCGGCUCUAAUACCACCGCCACUGUUGCCGCAAAGUCCUGACACGCGAAACGAGGCCGCGGUGGCCGUCGCGGGACAUCGACAGACUGUGGUUUCGAUGACGGCGGCGGUGGGGACGACGACGACGAUCGCAGCCAUCGCAAUUGUCGUGCAGUGGCGGCCGAAUGUGACGGGCCCGCGGCCAUGAUGGCCAACUACAUAGGUCACAACGGAUACCCGCAACCCGAGAUCGUGGCCAUUGCCACCGGGGGGAAACCCAACGUCGCGGUCAGUCCGGCCACGUUGGCCGCUGACUGUUUCGAUAUCAAGUUCGGUAGCGUCCUGCAGGAGUCGCCGCCGCCACCGUCCAUAUCUGUAGUCGACUUGACCAACUUGGACACGAUCGCAGAGGCAGACGAUUCUGUUGAAGUGUGAACGCGUGUGGAUCUUGCUACCAUUUUUCAAUGAAAAAAAUUUGAUAAAUUCUCCGGUACAUCCGUUGCGACAAAACAUAUUAUUAUUUUACUAUUAAAAUUAUUAUUAUUAUUAUUAUUAUCAUCAUUACAUCAUUUCUAUCGCUGCAUAUAACAAGUAACAAUGUACUUACCAUGUUAUCAAUUUUCAACGUCGAAUAACCAAGAGAAAAAAAAUGUAGGCAACUAUAGUAACUACCAUCUACUCAUAUGUGUAAUCUGGGGUAAAUUAUUGGAGGGAAGGGGACAUUCUGUGCAGGUAAAACUAAAAUUCYAUAAGGUAAAACGACACUAUUUCCCACUCAUUUAAAUAUCUGAGACGCAGUCCCCGCUUGUCCUCCACAGAUUCCGUAUAGGUAUGCUCUUAUGCUGUAGGCCACAGUGUAGUGCAAGGAAAAUAAAAAUUGUUUACGUUUAUUAUUAAUUUAUGUGACAAGACCAUAAAAAUUAUGUCAAUAUAUAUAAAACUUCUAACAUUUUAGUUUUACUUUUAAUCAACCCGAUGAUAAUGUUUAGACCAGAAUAACAGACAGCAGGCGACAGAUUAUUAUACUACUAUUAUACUACUAUUAUUAUACUACUUCACCCUCUAAUUGAGGAUGCCUUAUGCCCAACACGUUUAAUGUUGAACAAUGUAAACAAUUUCUGUUCCGAUAUCAAUAUAUUAUCAUAUAACAUUAGUUAGCCUAAUAAUUUUCAAUAUUUAAGCAAUAGUUCUAUAUAAAUAUUUAAAUAAACUCGUUAUAAGUGAUUGUUUUUAUAACGGAUAGAAGUGAAUAAUUAUUAGUUACGUUUUUUAUUGACAAUCUAAAAAGAACCAGUUAUUUUUUACAAUGGUUCUACACAAACAAUAACUGAUUAAAUGAUUUUAUGAAUCAAUAUUAAUCACAACCAGUUCAUCUCGUAUUCGUUUUUAAAAACUCUUUUUUAAUAUCGGUAACAUUAAUGUAGGUACACUGAAAUAUUUUAAUUCCUGUUUUAAAUGUAAUAAAAGUAAAUCUAAAAAGGACCUUGGCAAAAACAGAAUCAUAUAUUACAGUACUUUUUGUAAAUAAAACGGAACUUGUACCAAAUAAAUUAGGUAAUCCACUCAAAUUACCAAACUGUAUUUGUAGUAUGUACCUAUACCUAGCCACCUAGGUAUUCGAUACCGCAAUAGUAACUGGCAAUAAAUUAUAGACUUGUUAUUUCGUUUAAUAUAUAAGGUAUAUGUUGUGUUGAAUUUAUAUUUUUAAUUGUACGAGUGUUAGAAAUUAAUUUUACUUGUAAUUGUGACACUAAUUUCCCACCCAGAAAAAUAUAUCUAAUUUAUAUAUUUUUA